AUGUUGUGGUACGAAGGUUCCAUAGCGGAGGCUAUCCAGUUAUCGAAAUCGAGGAAGUGUAUUUUCCUCGUCUACAUUUUUGCUGAUGAUGAAUUAUCCCAAAAAAUGGAUGACACCUGGAAUGAUGAAUCAGUAUCAGCAGUUUGUCAGAAUUGUGUAGCAGUAAAGAUUCAGUCUCCAAGUGAUAUGUGUCAACAUUUCUCCCAGAUUUACCCUGUAGUGGUAGUUCCCUCGACCUUCUUCAUUGGUUUAAAUGGUGUCCCUAUUGAAGUCAUAGCUGGUAACUUACCACCAGAAGACUUUCAGAAGAAGGUUGAAGAAGUACUGAAGAAACAUGAAAACCAGACACUUAAUUCACAGCCUAUGGUAGGGGCAUCAGGAGCUGCAUGCCCUGCUAACCCGGCUGUCAGUCAGGCAGAUCCGACACCUCCAUCUAGUCCACAGGGGUCUGAACAGAAAGAACCUGAAAGAAUACAAGAUGAUGGCCCCAAGGCUGAAGCUGUAGCUGAGCCUCCCAUUGCAAGCACAUCAGAAAUGGAUGUGCAAUCUGCUCCUUCAACUUCCUCAGCAGAUGAUGAGACUCCUGCAGCUGCUGCUGCUUCAAGUGAAGGUACCGAGUCUUCAGAAAAUAAAACUGGCUUGGAUUUUGAAACAAAGGUUGAAAGAGCAAAAGAAAAAAUGGAUCAAAGCAGAGUACAACGGGCCCAAAAGGAAGACGAGGAUGAGAAAAGCAAAGAGAUUGAUAGGAGGCGACUUGGUAAAGAUCUCCAGAAAUUUAGGCGUCAUCAGGAAGAGAAAAGUUUCAAAGACAUUCAAGAGGAAAUCAAGAAACAAAAAGAAGAGGACCGAAAAGCAAGGCAGCGUAUUAAGGAUGAGAUUGAACGGGACAAAUUGGAGCGUAAGGCAAAAUAUGAAAGAGAAAAGGCAGAAAGGGAUCGACUCGCUCAAGAGGCCAGAGAACGUAAGCAAAGGGAACAAGAAAUGUCUGCCGCAGAAAGAGAGGCUGCCAGAAGGGAAAUAUCACGUUUGCAGUUUCGUCUUCCGGAUGGCUCUUCAGUUACACAUCAGUUCAAGUCAUCUGAACCAUUAUCAGCUGCCUGCAAUUAUAUAACCCAGCAUUUGGGUUGCAGUGAUGUGCAGCUGUACACAGUGUUUCCAAAAAGGACUUUCACUUUCCAAGACAUGUCAUCAACCUUGUUGUCCCUGGAGCUGGUCCCCAGUGCAGUUCUCCUUGUUUUACCACAAAAGAAUGCCAUUGCACGCACUGCCGAUACGUCUACAAGUAUCUUGAAUAUAAUCUUUGCACCUUUCUUUAUGCUGUGGAACUUCUUCUACGGUUUGAUAUUUGGACGGCCAUCAGGUUCAGCUGAGAACAAUGGUGAGAGUAAGAAAAGACCACGAGAGGAAGUUGAUGGACCUGGUCCAUCCAGUUCCAACAGACCGUCAACUGCCUUCAAACGUCGUUCUCCAAUCAGUCGUCAAGAAGGAAACAUCCACAAGUUCACCAAUACUCAAGAUGACGAUGAUGAGAAAUCAACUUGGAAUGGAAAUUCUACUCAACAAAUGUGA